AUGAUUAGUUAUUUGAGGUCGCUAAUAUUCUCAGUGCAUGAUCAAAAUCCACACCAGAUUUCUAAAAACAAGUCGGGCGGUGAGGAUGGUAGCGCAGAUGGCGGUUGUGAUCGAGCCGAAGUGAGUAGGAUAUUUGUGCAGUGUGAAAAGAAUCGUCCAAAGAUUGUAACUGACUUCGGGUGUUCUCUCAGGAGUUCUGAUGGUAAACAUUCUUUGAUUGAGGUAGAUUGGUCUGGACUAGGUUGGAAGGCUGGAUUCAGAAACCAUGACGUAAUCAAGAUAGUGAAUGGUGCAAAGGUGAAGGGUGUUGGCCAUCGAUCUCUUCUUACUCAUCUACAAAAACUUGGAAGAACGUGUACUAUGCUAAUCAAGCGUAAAGUGGAGAACAAGAAGCAUUUCUAUUGGAUAGCUUUUAAAGUUGGAGUGGAGGCAGGCGAUGAACCCAUUAUAGCCAAAAAGGCAAGACAAAGUGCUGGUCAACAUAUCCAGUCGGUCGAUGAGUUCGAGUCGAUGUUGCCGGCUUGGGCCAAAUGGUUCUCUAAAUCAUUUCCAGUACAGCAUCAAUGUUGCCAGCCUAUUAUGAUACAGGUGGAACCGAAAGAAGGAUCAGUUUUUAAUCUUGGAUACUUUGCCACUCUUGGUAGUAUUGAACCGGAAUUCACAAAAGAACCAUUUCGAUUGAACAUGCAUAUAUAUGAAUCAAUAUAUGACAAUGUAAAAGAACAGAUUGUUGCAUUUUCUGCCAUACCUAAACGAAGAGCACCCGACCUCGGUGGUACAGGCUGCCUCGAUAUGAGUGAUGAUGACGACGACGACGACAACCACGUCCACGAGGAUGUUGACGACACUGAGAAAGAAGUCUGCCUGUCUGGCGAUAGCGAGGGGCCAUUGAAGCUAGUCCCCCUUGAAGAUUUCAUGACUGGUACGAGGAAGAUUAUUCUUAACUCGGAGAUGUUUGGUCGUUUGUUGUGCUCUGAUGGAUCAUUCUCGAUAUCUACUUUAAAUGAAAAAGAAAAGUUAUACGUGUAUUACUCGAAUGCCAACGUAUAUCUUGGAGAAAAGGGUUCUACUUUCACUGAAGGCGACCUGGAAGGCCAACUGUAA